UUUAUUUUUGGCUCCCCCCGAUCCCAAUCCUACGAUGACGAGAGGAUAGAUCGCAAAGGCGAGAGCGAAAGCGGGAAUAAAAGAAAGACAAAAGGCGAGGAGAAAAGGGCUGGGUCUUUCGUUGGUUGCGCGUGGACCACAGCGGAGGUUCUCUCUCUUCUCUACCACCACAGGGAGAGAUUGCUCGCUAAAAAGCUCUCUGAGCGUGGAGAAGCGAGUGCGAGGCAGAGACGGAAUGAAGUGUUAGUGGUGAAGUGAUUUGUAGGUUGGUGUCUUCAGCUAUGGGUUUCAAGCCGCUGGUCUGGUACUGCCGGCCGGUGGAGGACGGGGUCUGGACGAAGGUCGUGGAGAAUGCUUUUGGAGCAUACACGCCCUGCGGCACUGAGACCCUGGUGGUUUGCAUCUCCCAUUUGGUUCUCUUGGCCGCCUGUGUUUAUCGGAUAUGGAGGACCAAGAAAGAUCUCACUGUUCGGAGAUUCUGUCUGAGGUCCCGGACUUACAAUUACAUGUUGGGGUUUCUGGCCGCGUACUGCACUGCAGAGCCUUUGUUUAGGCUGGUCAUGGGUAUGUCAAUAACGAAUCUGGAUGGACAAAACAGUCUUGCCCCUUUUGAGAUAGUUUCACUGCUUGUCGAGGCUGCUUCUUGGUGUUGUAUGUUUAUUGUUAUUGGAGUAGAAACUAAAAUCUACAUCCACGAGUUCCGGUGGUAUGUCCGGUUUGCAGUCAUCUAUGUUCUGAUCGGGGAAAUUUCUAUGUUCAAUCUUGUUCUCUCGGUGAGAGAGUACUAUGACAGGUCAACGUUUUAUUUGUAUAUUAGUGAGAUAGCGUGCCAGAUUUUGUUUGGAAUUCUGCUGCUGGUGUAUGUUCCCAGUUUGGACCCUUACCCAGGAUAUACUCCAAUUAGAAAUGAGGUGUUUGUUGAUAACACCGUUUAUGAAGCACUUCCUGGGGGAGAGCAGAUUUGUCCCGAGAGGCAUGCCAAUAUAUUUUCCAAAACAUUUUUUUCAUGGGUGACUCCCCUCAUGCAACAAGGCUAUAAAAGGCCUAUCACUGAGAAGGAUGUCUGGAAAUUAGAUACAUGGGAUCAGACAGAGACAUUGAAUGACAAGUUCCAGAAAUGCUGGGCUGAGGAAUCCAAGAGACCCAAACCAUGGCUUUUGAGAGCACUGCAUCGCAGCCUGGGGGGAAGAUUUUGGCUGGGAGGAAUUUUCAAGAUUGGUAAUGAUGCUUCUCAAUUUGUGGGCCCACUAGUACUGAACCAACUCUUACAGUCUAUGCAAGAAGAAGAUCCAUCUUGGAACGGCUACAUAUAUGCCUUCGCAAUUUUUGCUGGAGUGGCAUUGGGAGUGCUAGUUGAAGCACAGUACUUUCAGAAUGUUAUGCGUGUUGGCUUCAGACUGAGGUCUACCUUGGUUGCAGCUGUGUUUCGCAAGUCACUGAGACUAUCACAUGAGGGUCGCAGGAAAUUUGCAUCAGGGAAGAUAACAAAUUUGAUGACAACUGAUGCAGAAACACUUCAGCAAGUUUGCCAACAGCUUCACAAUGUAUGGUCAGCUCCUUUUCGUAUUACCAUAGCUCUUGUUCUGCUGUACAAACAGCUAGGUGUUGCAUCACUUGUUGGCUCAUUAAUGCUGGUUCUCAUGUUCCCCUUACAGACAUUUGUAAUAAGCAAGAUGCAGAAACUGUCAAAGGAGGCCCUGCAACGUACUGACAAGCGCAUUGGUCUUAUGAAUGAGAUAUUGGCUGCAAUGGAUACUGUGAAAUGUUAUGCAUGGGAGCAAAGUUUCCAUUCAAAAGUGCUGAGCAUUCGCAAUGAUGAGCUUUCAUGGUUCCGUAGGGCUCAGCUAUUAGCAGCAUUGAAUACUUUUAUGCUGAACAGCAUACCAGUUGUUGUUACAGUUGUGUCAUUUGGGAUGUACUCUUUACUUGGAGGGGAUCUGACACCCGCAAAAGCAUUUACAUCACUUUCACUAUUUUCAGUGUUAAGGUUUCCACUGUUCAUGCUCCCUAAUGUGGUAACUCAGGUUGUGAAUGCAAAUGUAUCAUUGAAACGUCUAGAGGAGUUGUUCUUAUCAGAAGAGAGAGUACUGACGCUGAAUCCACCAAUCGACCCAAAGCUUCCGGCCAUCUCAAUUAAGAAUGGAUAUUUUUCUUGGGAGUCAAAGGCAGAGAGGCCCACAUUAUCAAAUAUCAAUUUGGAUAUACCAGUUGGUAGCUUAGUUGCAAUUGUUGGAAGCACGGGGGAAGGAAAAACAUCUCUAAUAUCAGCAAUGCUUGGCGAAUUACAACCACUGCCAGAAACAAACACAUUUGUUGAAAUUCGAGGAACUGUUGCCUAUGUACCUCAAGUUUCAUGGAUUUUCAAUGCUACUGUACGUGACAACAUAUUGUUUGGAUCUCCCUUUCAACCAUCACGCUAUGAGAGGACAAUUGAAGUAACAGCAUUACAACAUGACAUUGAUUUGCUUCCAGGAGGUGAUCUCACAGAGAUUGGAGAAAGGGGAGUGAAUAUUAGUGGUGGGCAAAAGCAAAGAGUUUCCAUGGCAAGGGCAGUAUACUCGGACUCAGAUGUAUAUAUAUUUGAUGAUCCUUUGAGUGCACUAGAUGCUCAUGUCGGUCGGCAGGUUUUUGAUAAUUGUAUCAAGGAUCAACUGAGACAUAAAACCAGAGUGCUUGUCACCAAUCAGCUACAUUUUCUGAGAAAUGUGGACUGGAUUAUCCUGGUUCAUGAAGGUAUGGUGAAAGAGGAGGGUACCUAUGAAGAACUUAGUAGUAAUGGAGUGCUCUUUCAGAAAUUAAUGGAAAAUGCUGGGAAAAUGGAGGAACAGACAGAAGAGGAACAAGCUGAAGGCCUUGGUCAAGAGACCACAAAAUCUGCUGAAAAUGGUGACAUGAUAAAGACAGAGAGUGGCCCGUUGAAGAGUGAGAAAAAAUCAAAACUAAAAGAGGGAAAGUCUGUUCUUAUCAAACAGGAGGAACGAGAAACUGGUGUUGUCAGCUUGAGGGUACUUGCAAGAUACAAAAAUGCAUUGGGUGGACUCUGGGUGGUUAUCGUACUCUUUUUUUGCUAUAUCUUGACUGAAGUUCUCAGGGUCUCAAGUAGCACAUGGUUGAGUGUCUGGACGGAUCAGAGCUCCCCAAAGAGCCAUGGGUCUGGUUUCUACAAUAUGAUAUAUGCGGUUAUUUCUUUUGGGCAGGUACUUGUGACAUUAACAAACUCUUAUUGGUUGAUCAUCUCAAGUCUCUAUGCUGCUAAGAGGCUGCAUGAAGCCAUGCUUCACUCUAUCUUAAGAGCUCCAAUGGUUUUCUUCCAUACCAAUCCACUUGGACGGAUAAUCAAUAGAUUUGCAAAAGAUUUAGGUGAUAUUGAUCGCAACGUUGCUGUCUUUGUAAAUAUGUUUAUGGCACAAUUCUCGCAGCUCUGUUCGACAUUUGUUCUCAUAGGCAUUGUGAGCACCAUAUCUCUCUGGGCCAUACUGCCACUUCUGAUCUUGUUCUAUGCAGCCUAUUUGUACUAUCAGAGUACUGCCCGUGAAGUUAAGCGUUUGGAUUCCAUAACCAGAUCUCCUGUCUAUGCCCAAUUUGGAGAAGCAUUGAAUGGUCUUUCAACUAUCCGUGCAUAUAAAGCAUAUGAUAGAAUGGCCAACAUUAAUGGUAAAUCAAUGGACAACAAUGUUAGAUUUACUCUUGUGAAUAUGAGCGCAAACCGAUGGCUUGCCAUUCGUUUAGAAACACUGGGAGGCAUCAUGAUCUGGUUUACAGCAACCUUUGCUGUUAUGCAAAACCAACGUGCAGAAAAUCAGAAGGCUUUUGCAUCAACAAUGGGUCUGCUCCUUACUUAUGCUUUGAAUAUUACCAACCUACUGACUGCUGUUCUGCGACUUGCAAGUCUUGCUGAAAAUAGUUUAAAUGCCGUCGAGCGAGUUGGAACAUAUAUAGAAUUGCCUUCUGAAGCUCCUACUAUUAUUGAAAACAAUAGACCACCUCCGGGUUGGCCAUCAUCUGGAACUAUAAAAUUUCAAGAUGUCGUUCUUCGGUACCGCCCAGAACUUCCUCCUGUCCUUCAUGGCAUAUCAUUCACGAUUGAAGCAAGUGAGAAGGUUGGAAUAGUUGGUAGGACUGGGGCUGGAAAGUCUAGCAUGAUUAAUGCCUUGUUUCGGAUGGUGGAGUUGGAAGGAGGAAAAAUAUUCGUUGAUGAUUGUGAUGUUUCAAAAUUUGGUCUUUGGGAUUUGCGGAAAGUCCUAGGGAUAAUACCGCAGGUGCCUGUUCUAUUUUCAGGAACUGUGCGAUUUAAUCUGGAUCCUUUCAGUGAGCACAAUGAUGCAGAUCUUUGGGAGGCCUUGGAGAGGGCACAUUUAAAAGAUGUCAUCCGGAGGAAUCCACUGGGGCUUGAUGCGGAGGUUUCUGAGGCAGGGGAAAAUUUUAGCGUCGGACAAAGGCAACUGCUAAGUCUUGCUCGUGCAUUGCUGCGGAGAUCAAAAAUUCUUGUUCUCGAUGAAGCAACAGCAGCUGUGGAUGUUAGAACUGAUGCACUUAUCCAAAAGACAAUCAGAGAGGAAUUCAAGUCUUGUACAAUGCUCAUCAUAGCACACCGUUUGAAUACUAUCAUUGAUUGCGACCGUCUUCUACUCCUUAAUGCCGGUCAGGUAUCGGAAUUUGACACUCCAGAGAGACUUCUAUUAAAUGAGAAUAGUGCUUUCUCCAAGAUGGUUCAAAGUACUGGAGCUGCCAAUGCUCAAUAUUUACGGAGUUUAGUAUUUGCGGAUGCUGAGAACAGAUCGAGGAGGGAGGAUACCCAGAAGCAGGAAGGUCUAAGGAGAUGGUUGGCUUCUUCCCGCUGGGCAGCUGCAGCACAAUUUGCACUUGCGGUCAGCCUCACAUCUUCACAAAAUGACCUUCAACAACUACAGACUGAUGAUGAGAACAGCAUACUUAGGAGAACAAGAGAAGCUGUUGUCACACUCCAGAGUGUUUUGGAAGGGAAGCAUAAUAACGAAAUUGAAGAGACAUUGGAUCACUACGAGAUCCCUAAAGAAAGAUGGUGGUCAUCUCUCUACAAAAUGGUUGAAGGUCUUGCAGUGAUGAGCAGAUUGGCUCGUAACCGGCUUCAACAACCAGAAGAUACUUUUGAGGACAGACAACUUGAUUGGGACCAUUUGGAGAUGUAGGAUGUGCGACCAACCAGAUUUCCAAUUUGAAUAUUGAAAACAUCGGAAAAUUUGUAGUGCUAUAGGCCGUUUUUCCUGCUGGUGUCUGACAAGUUCAUACAGGCAUAUUUUGAAACGAAAAAAAAAAAUGCUUGAUAAAAUGUACACUUGACUAAAUUUUGGUAGUGGUCGCUCUCGGCUCUCAAUCGUGACUGUCGGGAAAUGCCAGUUGUAGCUGUGACAAUAGCAGAUAGACAAUGCAUGUGCAAGAACUAGUUUGGUAGUGAUCUCGUUCCCUAGAAGGUGAUAAUGCUUUGUCUCUUAAUGAUUCGCGGAAAGCGUUGUCAGGACAAAGAUCCAGAGAUUGCUAUCGGAAAAUAUGAUAUAUUUUAUAAAAGUUAUUAUUAUUAUUAUUA